UCAUUUGAAUUCCAACCCCAACGCAACGUAACGCUCGGGUGGCGUGUGUCCAUGUGUCCACUUGAUGCUCCGGCAGUUGUUGGCCUUGCACUUGAAUCUUGCGCGUUCCUGAUUCCCACGCCCAUCGGCGGAAGUGGCAACCGUACGCACUUGCGUAAUCUGGAUGCGAGAGUCUGUGAGCAGUAAGCAAAUAGUUCAGCGUCAUUUGAUCUUCGCUUGACCAGUUUUCUGCUGCGGCUUGUCAGUCGAAGAUUGGCUGCGGUCACUUUGAGUCGGAUCGUGAGCCUUUUUGACGAGAAUGGAGACCUCAAGGACAAGUUUUCCACCAAGCCAGCUGAUCCCAAGGGGUCCAGAUUCUAUACGGUCACGGGCAUGGUGUUCUCCCCUGACAGCACAAGACUGGCGAUCGCUCAGAGUGAUGAAAUCAUUUACGUCUACAAGCUUGGUUUAGAGUGGGGUGAUAAGAAAACCAUAUGCAACAAGCUCCAGCAAAUGGUUUCCAUCACCAGUAUCUUGUGGCCGUGUGUCCAUCAGCACGAAAUAUGGUUUGGCCUCACUGAUGGGAAGGUGAAGGUCGGGCAGCUCCGCUCAAAUCGAACAGCCACAGCAUAUGCCCAUGGAACAGGUAGUGCUGUCGUCAGCCUUGCCAGUAGCCCCGAUGGAUCCACCUGUCUUGCUGGCCACCUCGAUGGUUCGAUCUACAGGUUAACAACGGAGAAUGGAGCAACAAGUAUCUCCGCUGUCAAAUUUGCAAAUUUUGGGGACAUACCGACGGUAUUAGCGUGGGGUAAGAGCGUGGUUGCAGCAGGGCCAGACUGCAAGGUCAUUUUCUACAGCACGAAUGGAGACAUCCUGCAAAAGUUUGACUAUAGCAAUGAUCAGAACACGCAUGAAUUUGUCCUGGCGCGUUUCAAUCCGGGAGGCGACACCGUUGUGUUUGGAUCCUACGACGGAUUUCACAUAUUCAGUGAAUCGGCGCAGCCGGGCUCGUGGGAGGGCUUGGGAGACAUACACGUUGAGAAUCUUUACAGCAUCUCCGCCAUGGAAUGGAAGCCGGAUGGCAGCCAGUUCGUGAUCGGGGGUUUAUGCGGCAACGUGGACAUUUACGACGCCUGCUUGCGACAAUAUCGGUACCAGGGAAAGUUCGAAUUCACGUACAUUACAAGAAGUCAGGUUAUCGUCAGACGUCUUUCGACCGGCAAUCGAACCGUGCUUCGUUCGCAUCAUGGGGAAGAAAUCACACAAAUCAACGUCUACCAUGACCAGUAUCUUAUAGCGCACACUCCCAAAACAUUGUUGAUGGGCAAUUUGGAAAGCUGCAAGCUCUCUGAGGUUCCGUGGUGUGGCAGUGGAAACGAAAAGUUUUUGCUCGACCAUCCUUCGGUUUGCAUGGUUCACAAUGCAGGAGAGCUUUCGCUCGUGGAGUACGGUUGCAAUGAGUUUCUGGGAACUUGUCGCACGGAGCAUCUCAGUCCGUACCUGAUCAGCAUUCGCAUCAACGAGACGCUCAGCCCCGACGCCUCAUCCUCUCAAGACGAGACUAAACGAAUAGCCUACCUUCUCGAUCUCCAGACCAUCAGGAUCUUGGACCUUGUGAGAGGAGUGACUGCUGGAACGUUUAUCCACGACCUAAAGAUCGAUUGGCUUGAGCUGAAUCCAACUGCAACACACUUGCUGUUUCGGGACAAAAAACAGCAGCUGUAUCUCAUUAACAUACUGAACCAGGAGAGGACAUGCUUGCUCAACUUCUGCAGCUAUGUGCAGUGGGUGCCGGGCAGGGAUGUGGUUGUGGCUCAGAACCAAGGAAGCUUGUACGUUUGGUACAGCAUUAAAGACCCGGAACAAGCUACAUUCUUCCCAAUCAAGGGAGAGGUCGAAGGGAUCGAAAGAUCGGAUAGCAGGACCGAAGUAAUUGUCAAUGAAGGCAUCAACAUUAUAUUGCAGGUUAGCUAUGUUCUGGAUGAAGCACUUAUGGAGUUUGGGUCAGCAUUGGAGAGUCUUGAUUAUGAACGUGCCAUAAGUAUACUCGAAACCUUGCAGCUAACGUCUGAGACAGAAGCUAUGUGGAAACAGCUUUCUGAUACAGCAUUUCAAAAUCGCGAACUCUCUAUUGCGGAGCAAUGUUCUGCUGCUCUAGGAGAUGUAGCGAAAGCUCGCUUUAUCCACAAGGUGAACAAGACCAUGCAAUCUAUCAUUCCAGACACAGGAAUUGACGGAAAGGAUCAUUACUUCGUGCGAUCCAAGUUGGCUCUGCUUCAACAUCAAUGGAAGGUUGCGGAAAUGCUUCUGUUGGAACGUGGUCAUGUUGCAGAGACCAUCCAAAUGUACACAGAGUGCCACAGAUGGAAGGAAGCGAUAGCAGUUGCCGAGAGUCAUGGUCACCCUAACGCCGAUUCUUUAAGGAGAAGUCAUUUUGAAUGGUUACUGCAAACUGGUCAGGAAGAAGAAGCUGGACGUGUCAAAGAAUCGCAGGGAGACAUACUCGGAGCCGUUUCUCUGUUUCUGAAAGGUGGUCUCCCAGGGCAUGCGGCUGAUUGUGUGAAUAAUCACUUGAAUUUGCCCUUUCAGAGUGAAGUGAUAGAGUCGAUUGCUGCAGCACUGCUGCAAGGUGGGAUGUUUGAAAAAGCUGGCGAUUUCUUGGAGAAACGUGGUAAGGACGAAAGAGCGAAAGAGGCUUAUCGAAGAGGUCACGCGUACCGUCGUGCGAUAGAACUUGCAAGACGUGCUUUCCCAAGUGAAGUGGUCUCCUUGGAAGAAGAAUGGGGUUCAUGGUUGGUUUCUCAAAACCAGGUGGAUGCUGCUAUCAAUCACUUUAUCGAGGCCGGCUGUGGUACGAAAGCUAUUGAAGCAGCUAUUGCAUCGUGUCAGUGGACGAAGGCUGUCCAGAUUGUCGAGGCACAGAACUCAAAAGUUGCACAGCCAUUUUAUAAACGGCUGGCAAGACACUUUGAGUCAGCAAAGCAGUACAUGGAAGCGGAAAAGUUCUACAUUCGGGCAAACCUUGGCAUUGAGGCAGUGGAAAUGUAUAUUCGUGCGAACAAGUGGGAGGCAGGCUACAAGGUUGCAGCAAGAUACUUGUCUGAGGCUGAAGUGUGUGCACUUUGCUUACAACGGGCUCGUGAAUUGGAGGCAACUGGAUCUUACAAAGACGCUGAGAAGUUGUUUUUGGACGCCAAAGAGCCAGAUCAAGCAAUUAACAUGUACAAGAAGGCUCAUAUGUUCGACCAAAUGAUGAGACUUGUUGCGAAAUACAGAUCUGACUUGCAGUUGGAAACUCACUUACAUUUAGCUCAACAACUGGAAAGCGAAGGAGCUCUUAGAGAAGCAGAACAUCAUUAUCUUGGUGCGCAAGACUGGAAGAGCACUGUCAAGAUGUACAGCGUGAACAACAUGUGGGAAGACGCCAUGCGGGUAGCAAAACUUUUUGGAGGGGUCAGCGGACCAAAACAUGUUGCCUAUGCGUGGGCUGUAUCUCUUGGAGGGGAAGCAGGUGCGCAGUUAUUGGUGAGGUUGGGAUUAGUAGAGCAAGCCAUAGAAUACGCGACAGAGGCAGGAGCAUUUGAACACGCUUUCGACCUUUGCCGGUCUACGCUAAAGUACAAGCUCCCUGAGGUGCAAUUGAAGUAUGCCAUGUUUCUUGAAGAUGAAGGACGAUUCAAAGAAGCUGAGGAAGCCUUCAUUAAGGUGGGAAAGCCCAGGGAAGCGAUUGACAUGUAUAUACAUCAGCUGGACUGGCCAGCAGCCAUGCGUGUUGCAGACUUGUGUGAUCCUGCUGCGAUGUACGAUGUACAGGUCGCUCAAGCCCAGGAACUCAUAGUGAACAAGGACUACGUAAAGGCUGAAGCCCUUCUAAUCAGGGCGAAAAGACCGGAUCUUGCUGUGGAAAUGUACAAAGACAAGCUGUUGUGGGAUGAUGCGAUACGUGUAGCAGAGAAGUAUGUAUCAUCAAAAGUGUCUGAAAUCCACGCUGAAUUUUCAGCUUACAUGCAAAGUAAAAAUGGAGGCACAGAGACAGUGGAGAGUGUUCUAGCUCGAGCAAGAGCAAUGGAACGUAGUCAAAACUAUGUCGAAGCUAUCAAUGCUUGUCUUCAAGUUGACCAGACCCUUGUGACUGACAUCAUUGAGCUCCGAGAGGUGUGGGACGUUGCGAUAAACUUAGCGAAAGAGUUUGAGCCAGCACGUACAAGAGACGUGGUGGAGGUGGUGGCGGAGAGGUUGAAAAGCUUGAAGUGUUUUGAUGACGCGGGGAGUUUGUACGAGGAAAUUGGGGCAGCCAAAGAGGCUGCAGAGAUGUACAUCAUUGCUGGUUCAUGGGACAAAGCGAGAAAAACUGCUAAUACGGCAAAUCCACAAUUACAACAGGAAGUGGAAAACUUGUAUAAAAAUCACUUGUUGGAAAUGGGGGAAGCGGAUCAGCUCGUUAAAACUGGAAAUUUUCUUGAGGCUCUGGAGCUGUAUGUGAAACAAGACAGAUGGGGAAAGGCUCAUGACGUCGCAUCGCUGCUUGGAACCAGUACUGUCAAAGAGUUUUCAGUGCGUCAUGCAAGGCACUGUCUCAAUCAGCACAAGUGUUGUGAAGCCAUAUCUAUUCUUGCCCAAUAUGGAGUGCCAGACAACCGAGUUUCUUAUGAGUUCUGCAUUGCUGCAGCUCGCAAGCUGUUCAACAGCACUGAGGACAGCUCAAUCUUAGAAAAGUCUUUCCAGACCCUUCGCACUAUCCUAUACCAAAUUGUCAACAUAUCCUCCCAUGUCAGUGAUGUGGAUUGUACUCCAGUUCUGGAGGAAAUAAACAAGCAUCUUUUGGUAGCACAUUACAUAACUGUGGGCUACACGUGCAAGUCACAGGGCUUGAAAGAGAUCGAGGCCAAGCUCAAAGUAUCCCUGUUGCGCUAUGCAGGCCUCCUGCCAGCAGACAAGGUCUUCUACGAAGCUGGAAUAGCCAGCAAACAGCUUGGUUGGCAAAACAUGGCGUUCAUGUUUCUGAAUCGGUACCUGGACAUAACGGAAGCCAUGGAUGAGGCGGAUAGACCAGACACUGCGAUUAUGGAUGGCGCGGGCUUCGAAACCAGUGAUAUACCUGAAGAAUUCCCCCUUCCACGCACUCAUGCUCUUGAAGAGCACACGACUGAAGAGAUACGCGAUUGGGUGAUUCAGCUGAGCAUGGAUCAGAAGGUUCAUCCUUCGCUACCGAUGAGAACCUGCGAGCAAUGCGAAACUGAAAUUUACGUGGCGAGUCUUUCUUGUUUCUCGUGCAAGGCCGAAAACGAGGCCUGCUGUGUGACAGGAUAUCCCGUUCUGGAGAAAAACAUGUUCCAUUGCAAGAAUUGCCAGAUGCUGGCUGACAGAGGCGAUUGGUUCAAAUUUCUGAGCAAGUGCCACAAGUGUCCAUGGUGCUCACAUUCUCAGAAGGCAGAUAUCUCACCCCACAGGAACACAACACAGUGGUAUUUGACAAAUAACAAUUUGUUGUUUGAGGAAUAAUGUAAAAGAAGGGCUUUCCUUAAUCAAGGCCGAGGUACUCUGCCAAUGUGCCAUACUCUCUGUAAAAGUCAGUGAGCAGAGGAGAAUGUACGUAAAACGCCCUCAUGUGCAAACGUAACUACAGCCGGACUAAACUUCCUACCUACUCGUCUCUGCCUCAAAUUCACCUGAUCAAUUGUGACACGGACAAUGUACAAGUUGCUAGUUUUCAAGGUGAUCCAUCGCCACUAUGUACAACG